AUGAAGGUCACCGCCGCCAUUCUUCCCCUCAUUGCCUCGGCCACCGCGUCGCGCCUUCACGGCACCUCGCUGCUGCCCCGUUCCGCUGAUGGUACCGUUGACGUCAACUCGUUCAACUAUACCAACACUGGUGGUCCUUUGACUUGGUACGGUCUCAGUAAGACAAACUCUGCCUGCUCUGAGGGCAAGCACCAGUCUCCCAUCGACAUUGUCACCGAGGACAUUGACUAUGCCGCUGCCAGCUCAAUUCGCUUCAAUGUCCCCAGCACCGACAAUGCCAAGUUUGAGAAUUUGGGGUCCGGCCUUGAGGUUGUCCUGACCAACGGUACCCUCGUCGCUGGCAACAGUUCUUACAAGCUUGCUCAAUUCCAUUUCCACACUCCUUCUGAGCACCGUAUCAAUGAGGAGUACUACCCUAUGGAGGUUCACUUCGUUUUCGAGAACUCUAACAAUGCCAUUGCUGUUGUUGGCUUUGUCUUCGAACUGUCCCAGUUUGGUUACUCUACCCCCCUCUUCGACUCCGUCUUCGCCCACAUUGACGACAUUGCCACCCCUGGCACCUACACUAAGACUAGCCAUCUCGACUUCACUGCCCUUACUGCUCACCUGAAGUCUCACGUACACGGGCUCCCUCACCACCCCCCUUGCUCGGAGGAUGUUGCCUGGUUCCUCAGCACUGAGCCCCUCCCUCUGAACGUUCAGAGCUACAACGCCGUCAAGCACGUUCUGAAGUUCAACGCCCGCUACACCCAAAACGCGCUCGGCCAGGACAAUCUCCUCGAGGUUGCCGCCAGUGAGCUCAACUAA